AUGCUGACGGCUUUGGGUGGGGGCGAAGGGGCCGGAGGAGGAGCGGGACGCGGGGACCGGUGGAGGGGCGCAGUCCUCACCCCCGCGCGGAUCAUGCUCGCCUUAAUGCUGCUUUGGCUGGGGGUGCUGCGGGCGGAAUCUGGAACCCACACCGCGGUGAUCAACCCCCAGGACCCCACGCUGCUCAUUGGCUCCUCGCUCCGGGCCACCUGCUCCGUGAGCGGCGACGCACCAGCAGCCGAAGGGCUCUACUGGACCCUGAAUGGCCGGCGCCUUCCCACCGAGCUCUACCAGGUCCUCAACGCCACCACCCUGGCCCUGGUCCUAACCAACCUCAACGGCUCCAAGCAGCAGUCAGGUGACAACCUGGUGUGCCACAGCCCCGACGGCAGCAUCCUCGCCGGCUCCUGUCUCUACGUUGGCUUACCCCCAGAGAAGCCGGUGAACAUCAGUUGCUGGUCCAAGAAUAUGAAAGAUUUGACCUGCCGCUGGGCUCCAGGAGCUGAGGGGGAAACCUUCUUACACACCAACUACACUCUCAAGUACAAGCUACGGUGGUACGGGCGGGACAAUACGUGCCAGGAGUACCACACAGUGGGGCCUUACUCCUGCCACAUUCCCAAGGACCUGGCUCUCUUCACGCCCUACGAGAUCUGGGUCGAAGCCUCUAACCGGCUGGGCUCAGCCAAGUCUGAGGUGGUCACUCUGGACAUACUGGAUGUGGUGACCACGGACCCCCCAUCUGAUGUCCACGUUAGCCGUGUGGGAGAUCUGGAAGACCAGCUGAGUGUGCGCUGGAGCUCUCCACCAGCUCUCAAGGACUUCCUGUUCCAGGCCAAGUACCAGAUCCGCUACCGGGUGGAGGACAGUGUGGAGUGGAAGUUGGUAGAUGACGUGAGCAACCAGACCUCAUGCCGCCUGGCCGGCCUGAAGCCGGGCACGGUCUACUUCGUGCAGGUCCGCUGCAAUCCCUUCGGCAUCUACGGCUCCAAGAAGGCGGGGAUCUGGAGCGAGUGGAGCCAUCCCACGGCCGCCUCCACGCCCCGCAGCGAGAGGCUGGGUGGGGCAUGCGACCCCAGGAGUGGGGAGCAGAAUUCGACUCGGCGGGAGCUGAAGCAGUUCCUGGGCUGGCUGAAGAAGCAUGCCUACUGUUCCAACCUCAGCUUCCGACUCUAUGACCAGUGGCGUGCCUGGAUGCAGAAGUCUCACAAGACCCGCAACCAGCACAGGACGAGGGGCUCCUGCCCUCGGGCGGAAGGAGUGCGGCGAGAGGUUCUUCCCGGAGAUAAACUCUAGCUCGCCGGGGGCUGAGGCGGGAGAGGCUCCCUCCUGUGUUGCCCCCACCCCCGCCCCCCC